AUGAGCAACCCACUGGAUCUGAUGGGCCCGGGUAUCGCUAGCAGCAGUAUCAGCAGCGAUAGCACCAGCACCGCCCAAACGCAAGCACAAGCACAAGCUGGUUCUACCGUUAGCCCCUCCGUCUCCGCCUCCGCCUCCGGUGAACCUUCUGCCGCCGACUUUUCUUCCUCGUCCCGCCGUUUUCAUCCACAUUCUCAUCCACCGCCCUCCUCUCUAACUUUCGGCUACGUACCCGUGCCCGUUGAGCAACCUCAUAUUCGGGCCAAUCCGCCUCGCCAGUCUCGUGCUUUCUCUUACACAUCCGCCUCGCUCCUUGCCAAUCCCUCUCCUGCGCCCGGUUCAAGAAAGAGUCGCGGCUCCGAGCCCGUCACCAGAGACGCAUACGCACACGCACGCCGGGCCAGUUUCACCGCAGCCCCAAGUUCAACAACAGCAGCAUCAUCCUUGCCAAUCAAGAACCCACGAGCUCUUGCGCGUACUCGCGGCGAGUCCAUGACCUCAGAUACCGCCGAAGACCAGUCGUUGGCCGAUUCGCAGCUCUCAGGCUUUGUCGACGAACCCCACCAACAGCGAAUUCGCUUAUCAUCUGCCAACGUAAAUUCCCACACCGUUUCGUCUGAAGCUUCUGCCGCUGCGAACAAUCGAGCAUCUUAUUCUUCCGAACUUCAGUCUAGGAGACUCUCGGGUACAUCCGUCUACUCUCUCGCAUCUGCCCGCGGUGUCCUAAGUGGUUCAUCAUCGGCCCAGGGCUCAGAGCUGGGAACCCCGCCACGAUCUGUGCCUGGAUUAUUGUCAACGGGAAAGAGCCCAGUAUCAGUCCAGUCCGAAGCCGAGGUUUCCAACGUCACUGUCACUACUUCCAGUCUUCAAGCGGGUCAGUCGGCCGUUGGACAUCAUUCCCAACAUAACUUAACUCCUCGAGAUCACAACUCGCAGCCACUCGACUUUACAAAGCGGGCAAUUCGCGACGACAACAUGCAGAACGCCACGUCCGGUCUGCGCCAAGGGCCUGACCGAUCUCGCAGUCGAGCCAAGAGACGCUUCAGUGGAAGUACUGCAACCAGCAGUCACAGCCCGAGCAGCGAACGGGGUCCCCACCACCGAGAGCGUGAAGAUGUGAAACCGUCACGAUUCGGCACUAUCGGUGUAUGCGCUCUCGAUAUCAAAGCUAGAAGCAAGCCUAGCAGGAACAUUCUGAACCGACUUAUCGCCAAUCGUGAAUUUGAUGUGGUGGUUUUUGGUGAUAAAGUAAUCCUCGAUGAAGAGGUUGAGAAUUGGCCUAUAUGCGAUUACCUCAUUUCGUUCUACUCAGAUGGAUUCCCCCUAGACAAGGCCAUCGCCUAUGUCAAAGCUCGAAAGCCCUUCUGUGUAAACGAUGUUCCUAUGCAGCAGAUCUUGUGGGACCGUCGCCUAUGCUUACACUUGCUCGACAAAAUCAACGUCCGAACCCCAAAGCGUGUCGAGGUAACUCGUGAUGGAGGCCCCCGAUAUCUUACCCCCGAAAUGUCCAAGCAUAUCAAGGAGAUUUCUGGGGUUGUCCUCGAUCCCAUCGACCCAUCACAAGUACCACCGCCUCAGAAGGUUGAACUGAUUGAUGAUGACAACACGAUCAGCGUGGACGGCCUAACACUCAGAAAGCCCUUCGUUGAGAAACCAACAAGCGGCGAAGACCACAAUAUUAUCAUAUAUUUCCCCUCGGAAGAUGGUGGUGGUGCUCGAAAACUAUUCCGAAAGAUCGGAAACAAGAGUUCUGAUUACAUCAAGGACCUCAACGUGCCGAGAGCCAUCACCGAACCAGGUAGCAGUUACAUCUAUGAAAGCUUUAUGCAAGUGGACAACGCCGAAGAUGUGAAAGCCUACACAGUUGGUCCAACUUAUUGUCACGCAGAGACCCGAAAGAGCCCUGUCGUAGACGGAGUGGUGCGAAGAAACACCCAUGGUAAAGAGCUGCGAUAUGUCACAUCUCUUUGCACCGAAGAGAAGGAGAUGGCCAGUCGGAUCUCGACCGCGUUUGGGCAGAGAGUUUGUGGAUUUGACAUGUUGCGGGCGUCAGGAAAGAGUUAUGUCAUCGAUGUGAAUGGCUGGAGUUUCGUCAAAGACAACGAUGACUACUACGACCAUUGCUCCAACAUCCUUAAGGAUCUUUUUGUCAAGGAGAAGAUGCGACGUGGUGGUGUCACCCCACCCAUGCCAUCGCCAGCACCCUCAGACACCGAUCCUUUCACGCGAGCCUCCAUGGCGUUCAAGGACCGCGAACAAGGCCAGUCGAGCGCUGCCGGGGUUAGGACAAGCAUGAACUCCAUCUCAAACACUACCGACUCGUUACCCGAUGACUCUUCGCGCCGCGCUGUGAGCGGUACAGUUACUCCCCUUCUGCCUCCUGAUCAUGGAAUGCCCCCGAAAGCACAUAGCAUAGCUGGCACAUCAACAAUCCCACCCACUCCGCUUGAUGUGUCCUUGCCGGGAAUACUUUCCGCUCCCCCAGAACAACAAAGUGCCAAUCCAGAAGCACCGCCAGAAGAGGCAGCCAUUGUGCCUGAGCCUCCUUUACCAACCCACUCCUGGAAGUUGAAGGGCAUGGUUUCUGUUAUUCGACACGCAGAUCGAACUCCCAAGCAGAAGUACAAAUUUACUUUCCACUCGGAACCCUUUAUUGCGCUCCUUAAAGGCCACCAGGAAGAAGUUCUGCUUAUUGGAGAAGCUGCGCUCGGAAGUGUUGUGCAAGCCGUGGACCUUGCCUAUGAACAAGGUAUUGAGGAUCGUGCCAAGCUUCGAUCUCUCCGAAACGUCCUUGUCAAGAAGGGCAGCUGGCCAGGUACAAAGAUCCAAAUCAAACCUAUGUUUCGAAAGAAGAAGACAGAAGAGCCAGCAAUUAGUGAGGAGCUGGUGGAGUUGAGUGAGAAGAAAGAAGAGGAAAAAGACGACAAGAAAGACAAGGUCGAUGAAGAGGUCGACUCAUCAAAGGAAGAUAAGUCUCUUGGGGUCCCAAAACGACAGGACUCACUUUCUGGAGUCACAAUGUCCAAGUUCACCGCCGCCGAGGAGAGGCUGGUUCUCGACAAACUGCAACUCAUUGUCAAAUGGGGAGGCGAACCGACCCAUUCAGCUCGAUACCAGGCUCAAGAACUCGGUGAGAAUAUGCGGAACGAUCUCAUGCUUUUGAACAGGGACAUUCUCGACGAAGUUCAUGUUUUCAGCAGUUCUGAGCGACGCGUAACUACCAGUGCCCAAAUUUGGGCUGCUUCUUUCCUAGGUAAAAAAGACAUUCCCGAAGACUUCAUUACGAUUCGCAAAGAUCUAUUGGAUGAUUCCAAUGCUGCCAAGGACGAGAUGGACAAGGUCAAGAAGAAGCUCAAGGGCCUGCUACGCAAGGGCAAUGAACGUCCUGCGCAAUUCACUUGGCCAGAAAACAUGCCCGAGCCUUCUGAAGUGCAGACGAGAGUGGUGCAGUUGAUGAAAUUCCACCGACGCGUAAUGGAUCACAACUAUAAAAAGUUAUAUAGUGGUGCCGUCACGUCGCUAAAUGCCAUCUCGAACCCAAGUACCGAGAAGCUAUCAGGGGAUAACUCGAGCUCAUCUCUUGCGUCCUCUUCGAUUUCACAGGCAAACACUCUCAGCCAGAUUCAGUCUCGAUGGUGCUGUGGUGAAGACGCCGAGCUCUUCCGUGAACGGUGGGAGAAGCUGUUCCAGGAAUUCUGUGAUGGUGAUAAGGUUGAUCCAAGCAAGAUAUCGGAACUUUAUGACACCAUGAAGUUCGACGCCUUGCACAACCGACAGUUCCUCGAGUGGGUGUACACGCCACCUAACCAAAUGCUGGACGAGUACACGGCAGCUGGUACCAGCAGUGCCGCUGGUAGCAAGGACGGAAAAUCAAAGGAGUCGGAAGAGGGUAAGAUCCCUGAGGAGAAAUCAGACAAAAGCCAACAUCAAUCCCCUGAAGGGUCGGACAAGGCGGAUGCAGGAAGUCGAUCGGCGUCCGUGAAAAAGCUGUUUAGAAGACGAUCGUUCCUCAACAACUUGCGGCACUUCAACGAGGAAGCACCACCAGAGCAAUACUUCCGACUUUACAAGGGCACGAAACAGACCACAUCUACAACAGAUGCUCUUAACGAACCUCUACAGGAACUCUACCGUCUUGCAAAGGUCUUGUUUGACUUUAUCUGCCCCCAAGAAUACGGUAUCUCGGAUAGCGAGAAACUCGAGAUCGGUCUGCUCACAUCUUUGCCUCUGCUCAAAGAGAUUGUGCAGGAUCUGGAGGAGAUGCAGGCAUCAGACGAUGCCAAGUCUUUCUUCUACUUCACCAAGGAGUCGCAUAUCUAUACCUUGUUGAACUGCAUCAUCGAGGGAGGUGUUGAGACGAAGAUCAACCGCAGCACUAUCCCGGAGCUUGACUACCUUUCUCAGAUCUGCUUCGAGCUUUAUGAAGCAGAGAUGAAGACGUCAGGCGAUGGGACGUCACCUCACAACGCCCCGACAUUCACGUACAGUAUUCGCAUCACCAUCAGCCCCGGAUGCCAUGUUUUCGAUCCUCUGCAUGUUCAACUCGACAGCAGGCAUUGCAUCGGAUUCGCACCCAGGCGAAGUUUGACACCGCACGCGGACUGGUUGCAGGUCAUCAAGACACUCAGAGCCAAGUUCAACCAGGUCAAACUACCAAAGACAUUCCUAGCUGUAAACCUCUCCGAUGCUUUCACAUUCGAGGAUCUCGAGCGACAUGGCAGCGACAGCGAUGUGUUAGAGAUGAAAACUGCGCCGUCCAAAGGCAUAACCAACAUACCUAAGUCUUCCGAAGAUGACGGCUCAGAGACACUCGCGACCGGCGCUGGCGAAGUAAUGAUCUCAUAG